AUGGCCAGCGCCGUCAAGAAGCCCCCGGCAUCCGGCCGCGAGACGCCCACGGGGACACCAUCGCGCCCAUCUCCGCGAGCCUCAACGCCCUCCAGUCCAGGCAACGCCGGCGUAGGUCGCACUCGCUCCGUCCGCACCACCACCCCCGUGACCGCCCGUGCAGCGGCCCACCAGCGGCGCGAGUCCAUGCUCAGCAACGGGACCAGCGUCAAUGCGCGCGGCAGCGCGGGCUCGCCCGACAUCGAGCGCGAGGAAGCGCUGCGGGCCGAAACGGUGGCGAUCAUCGACGACCUCAAGGAGCGGCUGGCGACGGCCGAGACCGGGUUCGACCAGUACAAGCGGCAGACUGAGGUGCUGCAGAGCAAGCUGGACGAUGCGCACAAGGAGCAGGCUAAGCUGGAGGAGCGGGUGCACGAGAGUGAUGAGCAGAUUGAGGCGCUGAUCAAUGAGAAGCGGGAGGGGGCCCGGCAGAUGCGCGAGAUGGAGACGAUUUAUGAAGGGGAGCGCAGCGCUAUGAUGAAGGAGAAGGAUGAGAUGGCCAAUCGUGAGGAGGAGAUGCAGACUGUGAUUCAGAGGCUCAAGGACAGCUUGGCCCAGCGGAACCUCGACGAGGACCGGCCGUCUCGGCAAUCCAUGAACAACUCGCCCAGCAUUGAGAACGGCAGCUUUGCGCCCCCGUCUUCGAUCCAGCGCAGCGACUCGCGCAACAACUCGAAGCUCCUGCUGCAAAAGGACAAGGUGAUCGAGUCUCUCCGGCUCGAGCUUGCUGAAGCGCAGAUCAAGUUGGUUGAGUCGCAGAACCAAGGCGGUGGUCGUCUCCAGGAGGUCGAGCGCCAGCUGAUGGAGGCACGGGUGGCCAACGCCCGGUUGAUGGAAGACAACGAGAGUUACCAACUGCUGCUCCAGGAGAGGACCCUGAAGGGAGACUUCGGGGCCAACGACUUCAACUACACGAGUGGUUCCUCCGCGAACCAGGAUGCCCUGGCGGCCCUGGAGGGUAGGGCCAGCGGUACCAGCCUGGCCGACGAGCUCGGUCCCCACGAUGAGGUCGAGGACGACCCGGAGACCCGGCGCAACCUAGAGGCCGAGAUAAGAUCGGUUAAGGACCAGAACAAGGCUCUGACCCUCUACAUCAACAAGAUCAUCGAGCGCCUGCUGCAGCACCAGGGCUUUGAGCAUAUCCUUGACCAGUCCAACGACUCUAAGGCCGGCGGUACCCCCGACACCAACAAGGAGCUUCCCCCACCUCCGCCCAAGACAGCCCCUGCGGCGGCGCCCUCACUUCUCCAGCGCGCCAAGUCCAUUGCCAGCGGCAACUCGGGCGCCCGGCCGAAACCGCGCCCCAUGACCUUCAUGCCGUCGGCGAGCAACGCGAACGCCCCCAGCACCGCGUCCGCGAUCAGCAACCCGGACACCGCACCCAGCAUCCCCAUCGGCCUGAGCCGUUCCACCAGCACUCGCCGUGCCCGUCCCAUGAGCGAGCAGUACACCAACGUCCCCGGCGCCGCCAGCAUCGUCAACGCCAUGUACAAAGGCCCCUCCGCGGCCGACGGCCCGCUCUCCCCCUCGCUCCGCUCCAGCCAAACCUUCUUCCUGCCCCAAGGCGCCGGCAACCGGACCUCCUCGGGCACCACCGCCGGCAGCAACAACUUCCCGGGCAUGCGUUCCGAAACCAGCAGCGUGUCAGGCGACUCAGUCUCCCUCUCAACCACCACAGGCGGCGGUACCACCGCCGACGGCCUCAACACCCCUCCCAGCCAGGCCAGCCCGCCGCGCUCGGUGCACCACCACGAGAAGAGCACGUUUGCAGGCAACAAGCCGCGCCCGCUGCGUCUGGUGCAGGAGAAUGCCGAAGCGCAGGCCGCAGCGAACAGGCGGCAGAGUUGGGUCGGGUGGGCAACGAGCGCGUUUGGUGGGAAGAAGGAAGAUGAGAUGAUGGGGAGGCCUAAUGGGCCGUCGGGGGUGCCUGUGACCGGUGUCGCGGAGGUCAUCCGAGAGUAG